AUGGUGGGCGGGGGGAGGCGGGGCGGAGCGGCGGAGGAGGUGAAACUCAACACCGGCAACGUGUUCGCGGCGCUCGAGUCCCUCAAGAAGAAGAAGAAGGGCGACAAGGGCAAGGCGGCCGGGUCAUCCUCCAGGAAGAAGCACGGCGAGGGCGCCGCGCAGCAGCAGGAGCCGCCGCAGAAGGAGCUCUUCUGGGCGCCCGCGCCGCUCACCACCAAGUCGUGGGCGGACGUCGAGGACGACGACGACGACGACUACUUCGCCACCACCGCGCCGCCGCCCCCCGUCUGGGGCACCGCCGACGAGCCCGCCAAGGAGGAGGAGGACGUCGAGGAUGCUGUGCGCGCCGCCCUUCAGGAGGACAUUGAGAGUGAUGAUGAGGACAUUGAUGAUGAGGUUGAUGAUGGAGCUGAGGAUGAACCUGAGCAUGAAGCGAAAGAUGCCCCAGCCAAGCCUGCUGUGAAGACAGCUGCAGCCCUGGCUGCGCCACCCAAAGAUACUGAAAGGCAGCUGUCUAAAAAGGAGUUGAAAAAGAAGGAACUAGCAGAACUUGAUGCAGUAUUGGCUGAGCUGGGACUUUCUGGGAAUUCGAGCAGCGCUGCACAGGAUGCUGAGAAGAAAGGUGCCAACCAAACUGGUGAUGCAGAGAAAAAGGAAGAUGCUCCUGCCCCUUCGGAGAGCAAGACCUCAAAGAAGAAGAAAAAGAAGGACAAGAAUUCGAAGGAGGGAAAAGAAACACAAGAAGCAGCUGAUGGGUCAGAGGAGACUGCCAGUGCAGGACCUGAUGAAGAUACCACUGCUGUGGACGUGAAGGAGCGCUUAAAGAAGAUGGCUUCAAUGAAGAAGAAGAAAUCGAGCAAAGAGAUGGACACAGCUGCCAAAAUUGCCGCUGUCGAGGCCGCAGCGAGGAGCGCAAGGCUUGCGGCGGCCAAGAAGAAAGAGAAGAGUCAUUACAACCAGCAGCCCGUGCGGUAA